AUGUCUACUAUUCAACAGAUCAAGAAUUUCAUCCGCCACGGCAAACAAGCUCGUGUCGGCAAUUUUAACGAAGAGCCGCAAAAGAAUGACACCCCUCAGUCGAUACCACACCCGCCCCCGGAGAAAACUGUAGCAACAGGUCCCGUAUAUGGCAAACCCGCCGGACACCAGGAGCCCCUGUCAGCCUACUCGGAAGCUCCCAACGAUCAGCAGAACCGAGCCGCACAGGCAGGCAAUGCCGCAGCCCACCAUGUCGAGCCGGCUCAGCAGGCUAAUGGUACCAAGGGCAGGAGGGUAGACGAGGCGAACCUGGCUCAAAUUGUCGCUGAAGAAAAUGCCAGCAAGGGAAAGUUCCCGAAAUACCCUGACCUAGAUCGAUGGGAGCUCCUGGAGAAAAUGGGCGAUGGUGCCUUCAGCAAUGUUUAUCGUGCGCGCGAUCUGACCGGAGAGCAUGGCGAGGUUGCCAUCAAAGUCGUUCGCAAGUAUGAGAUGAAUCGUAUGCAAGUAAGUUGA